CCGAGAGAUUGGCUCCUCGUUGACCUAUAGGAGUACUCAGAGAGCUGGGCAGCUAUCACUGUGGAUAUAAAUCUGAGCUCCAGGUGAAGUCCUCUCAUCAACAGGAUCACUCAGCAACCAUGAGGUCUCUGGUCUUCGUUCUGCUCAUUGGGGCUGCUUUCGCCCUGGAUGACGACAAGAUUGUCGGAGGGUUUGAGUGCACACCUCACUCUGAGCCCCAUCAGGUGUCUCUGAACGCUGGCUACCACUUCUGUGGUGGCUCCCUGGUCAAUGAGAACUGGGUUGUGUCUGCUGCUCACUGCUACCAGUCUCGUCUGCAGGUGCGCCUGGGAGAGCACAACAUCGUGGUCAACGAGGGAACUGAGCAGUUCAUCGACUCCUCCCGUGUCAUCCCAAAUCCUGGGUACGACUCCUGGACCAUUGACAAUGACAUCAUGCUGAUCAAGCUGAGCCAGCCUGCCACCCUCAACAGUUAUGUGCAGCCUGUGCCUCUGCCCAGGAGCUGUGCUCCCGCUGGCACCAUGUGCACGGUCUCUGGAUGGGGCAACACCAUGAGCUCCACUGCUGAUAGGAACAAGCUGCAGUGCCUGAACAUCCCCAUCCUGUCUGACAGUGACUGUAGGAACGCCUAUCCUGGCAUGAUCACUGACUCCAUGUUCUGUGCUGGAUACCUGGAGGGAGGCAAGGACUCUUGCCAGGGUGACUCUGGUGGCCCUGUUGUGUGCAAUAAUGAGCUGCAGGGUAUUGUGUCCUGGGGCUAUGGCUGUGCUGAGAAGGACCACCCUGGUGUCUACACCAAGGUCUGCAUCUUCAUUGACUGGCUGGAGCAAACUAUGGCCAGCAAUUACACCAUGAGACUGCUGGCUCUGCUGCUGAUGGUUGGAGCUGCUGUGGCAGUUCCUCGGGAAGAUGGCAGGAUCAUCGGUGGGCACGAGUGUGAACCUCACUCUCGGCCAUACAUGGCCUCCCUGAACUAUGGCUACCACUUCUGUGGUGGUGUGCUCAUCAACAAGCAGUGGGUUCUUUCUGUUGCCCACUGUUGGUACAAUCCCUAUGCCAUGCAGAUCAUGCUGGGAGAGCAUGAUGUGCGAGUGUUUGAGGGUACAGAGCAGCUCAUGAAGACCGACACCAUCAUCUGGCACCCUCAGUAUGACUACCAGACUCUAGAUUACGACAUCAUGCUGAUCAAACUCUUUCACCCUGUAGAGGUGACUGAGGCAGUUGCACCAAUCCCACUGCCCACAGGGUGCCCAAUAGGAGGGCUCCGUUGCUCUGUGUCUGGAUGGGGAAACACAGCUAUGGAAGGCGAACCAAACAUGCCCACCCGUCUGCAGUGUUUGGAUGUGCCCAUAAUUGAUGACCAGGACUGUGAGAAUGCUUAUCCUGGCAUGAUAACUCGCAGGAUGGUGUGUGCUGGAUACAUGGAAGGAGGCAAAGAUGCAUGCAAUGGUGACUCUGGCAGCCCUCUGGUAUGUGUUGGAGAAGUCCACGGCCUGGUGUCAUGGGGUCAGGGGUGUGCUCUGCCCUACUACCCCGGUGUUUAUGUCAAAGUGUGUGAGUUCCUCUACUGGAUUGAAGACACUCUAGCAGCCUACUCCUGAUAAAACUGUUCAUUUUUACUCUCUCUAUAUUCUCUACUUCCUCCCCACCCUUCUCUUUUACACACUGUCUUCACACGUUUUCUUCUUCA